CGACGCUCGCGAGAUCUUCGAUCUCAUUCGCUCCAUCAAUGACCCGGAGCAUCCACUGACGCUAGAGGAAUUGAACGUAGUAGAGCAAGUCCGGGUUCAGGUUAGUGACCCCGAGAGCACAGUGGCUGUGGCCUUCACACCCACUAUUCCACAUUGCAGCAUGGCCACACUUAUUGGCCUGUCCAUCAAGGUUAAGCUUCUGCGCUCCCUUCCCCAGCGUUUCAAGAUGGAUGUGCACAUUACGCCAGGGACCCAUGCCUCGGAGCAUGCAGUGAACAAGCAGCUUGCGGAUAAAGAGCGGGUGGCAGCUGCCCUGGAGAACACCCACCUGCUGGAGGUUGUGAAUCAGUGUCUGUCAGCCCGCUCCUGAGCCUGGCUUUUGGCCCCCUCAGCCUAUGCCCUGGUGUCCUGGCCCCAGCUCCACUCAAGACUCAUGGCUUUGUUUUGUUGAAUCAGUGGUAAUGAGAAACUAACACUUUACAUUUUGUAAUAAACCCCUAAUUUAUAUUUAUUUUCCA